AUGGAUACUGCAAAAAUCUCCAAAGCCGAAAUGGUUUCAAAAUCCCAUGAUAUGGAGUCCUCUUGGGAUGAUGAUUUAAAAAAACUGCUGCAAACCUUCCCCAAAGAAAAAGGCUGGCUAGGAUCCGAUCUUUAUUUCUAUCGAGGUUUUUGGUACCCCUCUCUUAUUCUGAAAGCUUUUAUUUCUUUCCAGAAACAUUUUCAAGCAUUUAAUUCUGAUAUCAUCGUUGCUACUUUUCCAAAAUGUGGUACUACUUGGCUCAAGGCCUUGACUUUCUCCACUUUGUACCGCAAUCAGUUCCCAUGGGAUGAAAAUCCAUUGCUCGCCUUUGGCCCUCACCGACUUGUUCGUUUCUUCGAGCAUGAUCUUUACUUGAACAACACUUUUCCUGAUCUUCAAAAUGUUUGUGUUUAUCAGCCAAGGCUUUUUUCCACCCACGUCUCUUAUGGGUCUUUGCCAACUUCCAUUAAGGAUUCCGGCUGUAAGUUUGUUUACAUAUGUAGAAACCCCAUGGAUAUGUUCAUUUCUCUUUGGCAAUUCAUGGCCAAGAUCCAAGACAAAAACCAAGAGUCACUAUCUGCAAGCCAAGAAAACCCCAACAAAAUAUUGUUUUUGAAAUAUGAAGAUCUUAAGGAAGAUACCGGUUACCAUUUGAAAAACCUGGCCAUGUUCUUAGGAGUUCCUUUCACAGAUGAUGAAGAGAAACAAGGAGUUAUUGAAAAAAUAGUGAAAAUUUGUGGCUUUGAGAACUUGAAAGAAUUGGAAGUGAACAAGAAGGGCGCACAUACUUCUGGAGUUCCACACGCAGAUUUUUUUAGGAAAGGAGAAGUGGGAGAUUGGAGCAAUUAUCUCACACCCUUCAUGAUUGAAUGUUUGGAGAAGCUUAUUCAAGAGAAAUUGAAUGGCUCGGGUUUAACAUUUAAACUGUCCUCCAAAACUUCAAACAACAUUGGUACUGCAUGA